AUGCCAAAGUCACAGCUGCCCGUCCAGCAGCUGGUCAUUCUGUUCGUCUUCACGUCGAUUCUCCCAUAUUUGCCUGAGCUGAUCGAAUAUGUGGGCGUUCCCAAGCCCGAAGUCGCCAAAUGGGCAGGCAUCGCCUCCGCGGUCGCGUCCGUGACUCAGGCGACGAUGGCAGUUCCCUGGGGCACAUUAUCCGACCGUAUAGGACGCAAGCCGGUCAUUAUCAGCGGGCAGAUAUUCACGAUGCUGCUGUCGAUUAUGCUAGGCAUGUCGUCGAGUCUAUCAAUGGUUCUAGUCUCGCGUGCUCUGAUCGGCUUUAUGAACGGAAACGUCGGCAUCAUCCGCACUAUGGUUGCGGAAAUUGUACCACAGCGUGAGCUGCAGCCUCGGGCUUUCAGUAUUAUGCCUAUGGUCUGGACGAUCGGUAGUAUCUUUGGGCCGGCGUUUGGAGGGGCUCUUGCUCGGCCAGCUGAGAAACAUCCGAAUCUCUUUGGGGGAUCGGAGUUUCUCAAGCGAUAUCCUUUUGCGUUGCCGAAUUUGGUUUCCGCUUGCUUCUUUGUCGUUGGUAUCACUACGGGUAUCUUGUUUCUGAAGGAAACGCUAGCUACCAAGAGGGAUCGGUAUGAUCCUGGCUUGGUCUUGGGUCAGACACUUAUUGAGCCGUGCACAUCGCGCAGAAAGCGCGAGUUGGGAUCAUUGAAGCUUGAAAACGAAGACAGAGACGAAGAAGAGACACCCUUACUGUCCGAGGACAGGCCUAUCUCGACAAAGCCGAAGAAGCUGAAGAAGCCAGUGGCUGGUACUAAGUGGUCGCAGAUAUUAACACCCCAGUCAAUCCUCGUGCUCAUAUCUUAUACACUGGUUUCUGGUCUCGGAAUGGCCUUUGACUCGGUCUUCCCCGUCUUUCUGCACUGGCCAGUUCAAGAUCUGAAGAACAAUCCGGACGUCAAGUUACCAUUUAAAUUUACCAGCGGGUUUGGCAUCGAUGCCCAAGUAAUUGGUCUUUUCUAUACGAUCAGCGGCAUCGCAGGAAUGUUCAUUCAAUUCCUCUUCUUCCCACCGAUCGUGCAGCGCUUCGGCGUAUUGAGAUGUUUCAGAGUAUCCGCUCUGUCUAUGCCGAUCAUCUUCUUCCUCACGCCCUUCACAGCUCUGGUCCCUGAACCAUUCCGGAUUCCCAGUGUCCUUCUCAUCCUUUUCGCCAAGCUUGGCUCGAUCAUCUUCUCCAUUCCAUGCUGCACGAUUCUUCUAACGAACUCAGCCUCAAGUGUGACCGUUCUUGGAACUCUCAACGGAGUCGCGACGAGCGUCAGUGCUCUUGGUCGUGCUGCUGGGCCAGCGUUGAUCGGCACCGUAUUUUCCUGGGGCGUCGAGAGGGGAUAUGUGAUUAUCCCCUGGUGGCUUCUCAGUGCUCUUACCCUCACGAGUGUGAUUCCUGCCAUUUGGAUUGUGGAGCAGGAUGGUCCUCAUCGUGAGGUGGAAGAAGAGGAAGAGGAAGAGGAAGAAGAGGAGGUGCAGAGAGAAAAUGGUUCCGUGGGCACUUAUGGUGCUGUGGAUGCGUCCACUGAAGCUAAUCGGAGAUGA